CACAUGAUGAAGAGCUGGGGACAGAAAUAGACACCGAAAGGCUCGAGUCGAGGCUGCGUGCUUUCCAGCCAAAGGGGGGUGGAUCACUGUGUCUUUAAACACAUUUUCCUGGUCAGUUUAUUUAUUUUGCACUUCCACAAAAUGGUCAUUAAAGUAUUCCUGGCAUCCUCAUCGGGAUCGACGGCGAUAAAAAAGAAACAGCAAGAUGUUGUGGGCUUUCUUGAGGCACUUAAAAUCGAUUACGCACAGCUUGACAUUGCUUCAAACGAGGACAACCGGAUGUGGAUGAGGGAAAACGUCCCUGGAGAAAAGAAGCCCACCAAUGGCAUUCCUCUUCCUCCACAGAUUUUCAAUGAGGAGAUGUAUUGUGGGGACUACGAGACAUUCUUUGAAGCCAAAGAGGACAACACAGUCUUUGAAUUUUUGGGACUGACACCUCCACCAGGAUCUAAGGAGGCACAACAAGCUGAAAACGCACAAAAGCUUCAUAAUGGAUCUGGCACAGAGGAACAUCUUGAUGACGACACAACAAAAAAAGAAAUCGCAGAGACUGAGCAGAAUGGAGAUGCACACAUAGCAGAGCCGGAAGAAGAUGAUUCAAUGAAGGCAGAGACAGACGCUCAAGAAGAUAUCGCAGGAGAGGAGGAACCAGCAGAAGAAGACAAAGAGAGUAGAAAACCAGCUGAGGAGGAAGAGCAGGAGGAAGGAGAAGAGGACAGGGCAGAAGAUGAGCUGGUGUCUGAGGACGAGGAAGAAGAACUCAGGGAGCUUGAGGAGGAAGAGGAGCAAGCCUCAGAGGAAGACUAGUGUUUUGAAGCAGAGGAUUUUGGACCUGGAUUUACACACACAGCUUGAAGUGACACCCCACUUGCAUUGGAGUCAUCAAAAUCACCCACAAAUACCUUCAUUGCAGCUUAGCCAAAGCCAAAUGUGACACACUGGACAAUAUACACUCAGGACUCCAGCUUCAAGCCACCCUGCCCCUGAUAAAUGUGCCUUUUUACGAAGAGUUGCUUCAGCUUAAGUGGAGAGUCGUUUUUUUCCUUACUGUACAUAUAGCAAAUAGCUUAUUCUACUACUUUUAAACUAACGUUUUGUCACUUUGUUCUGUGGAAUCCCAAACAGUUGUGACAAACCACCCAAAUGUUCCAAACUUAUACUUACAAAUACCUCUCUGUGUGUCUUCUAUUGUGUAUUGUGAAGUACACUACCAGUCAUAUUUUGGACACGCUUUGCUACAAUGCUAAAUGCUAAAAAUAGUACAUACUUCAGACUACGUCAUAGGAUUCUAAAAUGUCGAAUGGUAGUGACAACCACGGUGAAGUAGAAGUUAAAAUUAACACUGUGAAAGGACAUCGGUCAAAAUUCCCUCCUUUUUCAGUCCAUUGUGUCUGAUUUCAGUUUGAAUGUGUGACGUCAGUACCUGCUGGAAGCCGUUCUCUGUAGUCAGUUGGCUGUUCUAAUGCACUUUGUAUGUAGACAGAAAUGAAUGGUUGGAAAUACCCUUAUUUACCAAUAAAGACUGAGUUUUA